ACCACGCUAGCGGCAGGCCAUCUGUUCAACUGGAGAUAUCAAAUGACAUCUAUUGAAGGAUCUCCAGGUUCUACUGACGCCCCAACUUCGGAAUAUCGCGAGGCGGUGUCUAUUUAUAUCGGAGUAUCUCUUGGCCCUCGGAAAUGGCCCUCCUCCCCCUCUUCUUCCUACCACUACUAGUGUCGCCCUGCGUAUUCGUUUCGAAUCACUAGAGCGCAUUGGAAUGACUUUCUUCAAUUCUCUUCCCGCGGAGCUAGUGGAUGUCAUCGUCUGUGAAUUUCGCCAUGACCUUAAAUCGCUUAAAUCUUUUGCAUCUGCUCAUCGUUCCUUCAUUCCAUUCGCUCAGAGCUACAUUUUCUCGACUGUCCGCCUCUCUUUUAACCAUUUAUUACGCUCAGAUCAUAGCCGAUGCACCCAGUUCCUCGAUAUCCUAUCCAGCUCUCCUCACAUCGCCAGUUUCGUUCGCGAUCUACAUAUCUGUAUUGUCCCCGCUCCUUUCUGGCUACCAGAUAUACUCCCAAAUGAACUAUCGCGCGAGAAUUCGCCUCUGAUACACGUCUUGCGCGUGUUAUCCAGCCUUCGCCACAUACGCAUCUUCCAGGGCGGUGAGCAUGGCUGGAGCGUACAAUGGGGCGGCAUUUCUCCAGACCUGCAGGCAGCAAUGCGCACGAGUUUUACCUCACCAAGCAUUCGUAGUAUUACUCUCGAACGCCUCGCCUUCCAUGGCUUUGGAGAAUUCUCCUUCCUUUUCAUGCAUGCCCGAACCGUCGAAGAAUUGUCCUUAACAGGAAUACGCUUCAUCGCACCCCCCGACUCAUCGGUACUAUACCACGACUCGAUGCUGUGUCUUCCCAAUCUACGAAACCUCUCCAUGCGAUUCUAUCGGCGCGAUCUUGCUUUUACGAAGGAUGGAGGCUGGGAAAGCCCGGACAUUCUUGGUUUUGUCCUUUUUUUACCAUCGUUGGUGUACCUAGAUAGUCUUCGGCGGCUCUCGAUCUUCGUGGAUCAUUUGGAAGACUGCACCUCUAUUCGAGAAUACCUGGGCGCUUUUGGUAAUUCAAUCACUGCUGUUGCAGUGAACAGUUCAUCUGUCAAUUACGCAGCUAUCGCCAUCGAGAAGUCUCCCGUAUUGAUUCCGGACGUGUGUUCCUAGGAUAAAUGUAUUGGCUGAUAGGCUGGGAAUCCGCAGGACCAUUUUCGUCAGCGGCAAGGAUUGCGCUUAUGUCCACACUCCUUGCAUGCUUGCAAUAACCAGGGGUUGGUUCGGGGGUUUUGGGAACUGCGAACAGAGGUUUGCGGAGGCAGUCUAGCUGUGUUAACUUUCA